AUGAUAGCAAUUACAGCUUAGCUACUUCACGAUUUCAAAUAUUUUGGCGAUGGCAUUACCAAGUUCCUCCAGCUUACUCUCAACCGAUGUCAGAAGGUUGGAAGGGAAGAUUGCCAUCAUCACUGGCGGUGCUAGCGGCAUCGGUGCGUGCACUGCUAGAAUCUUCUGCAAACAUGGAGCGAAAGUGCUGAUAGCUGACAUUCAAGACGAUUUAGCCAAAUCCGUCUGUGAUUUGGGACCUGAAUCUGCUUUCUUCGUUCAUUGUGAUGUCACAAAGGAAGAAGAGGUCAAAAAUGCCGUAGAUACUGCCAUCUCUCACUUUGGAAAGCUCGAUAUUAUGUUCAACAAUGCCGGUAUCGUUGGACCUAUUCUCAAACCCAACAUUCUAGAUAGCAGUAUCUCGGAAUUCCAACAGGUUCUUAAUGUGAACCUUGUGGGAGCUUUCUUGGGGACAAAGCAUGCAGCACGGGUGAUGAUUCCCACUGGUCGAGGUAGCAUAAUCAACACCGCUAGCAUCGCUUCAACAUUUGGUGGAGCUGCGUCACAUGCUUACACAAGUUCAAAACAUGGUAUGCUUGGGUUGAUGAGGAAUGCUGCGGUGGAGCUGGGACAAUAUGGCAUCCGAGUGAAUUGCGUGUCGCCAUAUAUGGUGGUUUAUGAAGAGAUAACAAGGAAUAUGUUGAAGCUGCCUGGAGUUGCAAAUCUUAAAGGAGAGAUUCUAGAGCCAGAGGAUGUGGCGGCUGCAGCACUUUUCCUGGCAAGCGAUGAGUCCAAAUAUGUUAGUGGACACAAUAUGAUCCUUGAUGGAGGUUUUACUGUUACAAAUUCAGGUUUUUCCAUUUUUAAUUUGAACCUAGACUCUACAUUCGACAAAUAAUCUCCCGAAGUCAAAAGAUAAUCUGAACGUUAUCAGGUAAAUCUAAAUAAGUGGUUUUUCUCUUUCUUCAAGAGCUGGCCAAUAUGUCUGUUGUUUGUUUUUUCAAUUAUGGUUUUGCUGGGAUCUGGUGCGCUAGUGUUGGCACCUCCGUCUUGUAACCAUGGUUGAGUCCUCCGUCUUGUAACCAAGG